UGAGAGAAGAAGAAGAAUAAAGAUCAAACAACAUGGCGUCCCUAAACAGUGAUGAGUGGAAAGCUAUCUGCGACAAAUUCACCAACGCCCAAAACCUCACAGAUGUAGAAUCACGAAAAGACCCAGAAACCGACCCCUUUCGCUCCAAGUACAAGGCCAGAGAGCUCCUCAGGGAGAUAUACUGCUCGCUGAAGAGUUUCGAGGCCGGCGAUGGCGAGGAGGACAGCGGCGGAGAGAGCGGCGAGCAGCGGCCGACGGAGGAGCCGGUGGACGGGCAGAGGGACGACUUGUUCGGUCAGGGCUCCAGCGGCGACUCGCCAGCCGGGCUGCGGGCCGCCAAACUCGGGGCGGUGGAGUACUAUCUGGGCGUGAACCACGUCGAUACAGAGGAGCUGUCAGCCGGCCAGGAGCAUCUGAUGAACUGCAUAAAACUGCUGGAGAGAUACAGGGUGUCGUCCGAGAAUGUGUCUCUGUUCAUCCAUGUCAGGAACCAGUUGGGCAUCCUUUGGGCAGGCCGGGAUGAGACAGAGACCGCCCAGGGUUUCCUGGAGACAGCAGAGGCCAUCUACCAACGAUAUAUGAAGGAGGAUGGGAGUCCUCCCACUGAUAUGACAGAGUACUUUUCUACUGAGGAAAAAACACAUCAGGAAAGGAUCAAAAGGUUUGAGUUGGCCUACACCCAUACCAUGUACUACCUUGCUCAAGUCUAUAAAAACCUUGGUCAAAAUGAGCGUGCUGCCACCUACUGCCACAGCACCCUGCAGAGACAGUUACAGUUAAAUCAGUACAGUCCGAUGGAGUGGGCUCUGAACGCUGCUACACUAUCACAAUAUUACAUCACUAAGGGGCGAUACAUGGAGGGCAGACACUGCCUUUCAGCAGCCACCAUUAUAUCAGGUUUGGCAGGAGAAGUUCCUUCUGAGGCCGCAGCACAGGAGAGUGAGACAGAGAGCGAGCGUAGGGAACAGCUCAGACAGAAGAGAGCAGAGAUUGCCAGAUGUUGGAUCAAAUACUGCCUCAACCUCCUUCAGGAUGCUAAGAAACUGCUAGAGGAUAACAUCGGGGAGCUGGAUACUGAUCGUCAAGAAGAGUUGAAGAGAGCGAGAAGACUUGAGGAGGAGGAAGAAGAGAAGGGCAGGAAGAGCGCUCUGCUGUUCGGCUCUGAAGACACUUUUGACUUGAUCGCGAGCCUGGAAGAGAAGGUGAGCUGUUUGUUCCCGCUGGACUUCACGGAGGCCAGAGCUGUGUUUCUGGUGGGACAGAAUUAUGUCACACAGGCUAAGGAGUACUUUCAGAUGGACGGCUAUGUGACGGACCACAUAGAAAUCUUGCAGGAUCACAGCUCUCUGUUCAGGGCUCUGGCUUUCUUUGAAGAGGAUCUGGAGCGACGCUGCAAAAUGCACAAACGACGGGUUGACAUGCUGGAGCCAAUCUGCAAUGACUUGAAUGCCCAGUACUACCUAAUGAUCCGCAGACAGUUGAUGUUUGAGUUGGCUGAGACCUACAAUGAAAUGAUGGACCAGAAACUGACGCUGGCCAACAGACAAGCAGAUUCACAGCCUCUAGAUAACCACAGUAUUAAGAAAUUCAACCAUCUCUGCUCUGCCUCUGCCAAGUACUUCCAGAUGUUUCUAGACUCUCUGCGUUCUCCGGAGGGGAAGUUACCGGAGCACCUGGAAGAGGAGGUGCUCAGACCGGCUCUGGUGGCCCGCUUCAGAGUAGCCCGACUGUACAGCAAGCUGAUCUGCUCUUUACCCUCUGCACAGCUGGACAACCUCAACAAGGCUCUGGAAAACUACAAAUACGUGGUGCACUAUUGUGAAGGCCACCCCGAGGCGGCAGCCACCGUGGAGACGGAGCUGGAGUUGAGUAAAGAGAUGGUUGGCCUACUCCCUCUCAAAAUAAACCGCCUUAAAGCAAGAAUGGCGGCGAACAACUGAAGGACGCCACUGUUCGCUGACUGGUUGUGGGUUGUCCAACCAAAUCAGCCAGUCUCGUCUGAAUUAACCACCUAAUGAUCAAUGGACACUACUGUACCAACAAUUAGAGAAACCAGAUGGCAGAUUUACUGACUUUCUCUUGCUUAUUUGAAUUCAUCAUUGCCUCUUGUUUGUGCUGCUUUCACAACACUUCUGAACAUAUUACAGACUGUACAUAUGUGCUUUCAUCUGUGUAGUAAAAUGUGUUGACAACUUACUUUAAUUCAGACAGCACAGAAAAUUGAUUCACUUCAAAACUACAGUUGUAUGAAAAAGUGUGGGCUCCCCUUGACAAAUAACAUAUUUUUGGGAUUUUUUAAAUUGAAAAGAUAUGAUGCAGCCUCUCUAAGAUAUGGAACAUAAAACAUGCAUAGUUACUUUUUAUGUCAUAAAUGGAACAAAAAAACAAUCCUUUUUUCAGCUUCAGUGCAGCUCUCACAGAACAGCUGCAGUCUUUCUAAGUUUAUCACUGAAAUUUCAUCAAGGCGCGCGCAGAAAAAAAAAAAAAAGCUGCUUGCACUGUGAGUCCCUAUUGCACCGUUAUGGCAGAUAUGUACAUAAUAGAUUUCUAUUAUAUAUUGUUUUGUGUUUCCAGUGUCCUCUGUGACUCUGGUCUAAUUCAUACUUUGUAUCUUUUAUUGUUAAUCAUAUUGGUUUUCAUUUAAUGUUGCCUUAUUUUCUGUUUAGCACAUCAGCACUUUGUGUCUGAUGGUUAAAACAAAUAUAAAAGCCUACUGUGAGAAGGAUUGGUUUCACCAUGGCGUAAAGAGACAGAGAGAAGUUCAGACGCUGAUGCUGUUACUCUACAGCUAAACUAAAACUUGUGUAAAACUGUUGUAUUCUGUUAAAGACAUGUGUGGAACAUCACAGUGAGUUUGUCAAACAUACUACAAGUAAUUACAACCUCGUCGACGAUUGACACGACAUAAUCUGCAUGAUGCCGGCUUCAUCCACUUGAAACUGUAUAUCUGUAUAUAAACCAACAAAGUGAUACACACUUAAAAUACCAAUGUGUUCUUUUUACUUGCAAUGAGAAGUUGUGUGUAAAAUCAGUCUUUUCAGUGAUAGGUCUCCAAAUAACAGAAGUACUGAGGUAUUUUAAUGACUGUGGGUCCCUGAGUAAAAGGCUAAAACUAUCUCAGUUUGGGGCCCAGAUGAGUUUAAGAACCUUUAAUUUCCCAGACUAUUAAAUUUGUAUUGUCUAAAACUGUGUCUGCUAUAAACAAAAUAAUGUCUUAAACUGACUGACUAUGUGUUGAUGUGCUAUAAAAGUUACAGUACAUCUCAACUCUUCUUGUCAAGUAUGUCUUUAAAUUGUACUUCCUCCACAGUUGUGACAUUGCAAGGCUUCUUAUCCUGUAUGUGUCCCAUGUUAUAUCAGCAGUGUUAUGUACUAUUUCCUACAUUGUGUAGCAGAGUUAAAUCUUUUUUUCCCCCAUAUUUCAAAUUGAUAGUAAAAAGUCCAAGGCAACUGCUGGGUUAAAGUUAAUUGUAAGAUGAAGCAUUUGCAGCAGAGUUCAAUAUAGGAGCUGAUGCAUGACUAAUAUUCAGCUAACCAUGAGACCAUGCAACAUUGAUCUACUCUAUACUGCUUCCUGUCUGAGGGUAGUAAGGUUUGUGGUGAAGCUUUACUACUGCACGAUAAACAAAUCUACAGACCUGAU